UACUCAACAUACAAUUUUGAAAGAAUUAUAACAAGUAGUAUUAUGGCUAUCAUAUCAGCAAAGUGUGUAUUUGUAGUUUCAGUUUUAGUAGUUAGCUUAUUCUUAGAGAUCACUAAUGGAGAUCAACUCACUGAUGAUCAAAUCCUUCAUGAAUCUUUAAGAUUUAGGAUUGGACAUCGACAUGGACAUCAUCAUCAGCCACCUACUCCGCCAGCUGAGGAGCCACCACCAAUUGAGGAGCCACCAGUGUUUCCACCGUCAGGUGAGGGCCAACCAAUGCCUCCGCCAACAGGUGAUGAGCCACCAUGUCGCUGUGACGCGCCGUCUCCAUUACCAUUACUAGUUGAUGAUCAGCCUUGAGAUAUGCUCAUAGAUACCAAAAAUUUAGUACUAAUAUGUUGAAAAAUUAAUAUAAAGUUAAGUAUCCAGUAUUAAUAUAAUGCACUAUAUAAAUAUAAUGGUUCUAGAUUUUGAAUUUA